CGACGUGAGGACAUGCGAGGGUUUCUGCUUGCCAAUGGCUACCAGCUCGGGCGGACCAUCGGGGAGGGAAUGUACUCCAAAGUGAAGGAGGCGUUUUCCCAAAAGCACCAGCAAAAAGUGGCGAUUAAAAUAGUUGAUAAGAAGGAAAGCCCAGAAGUGUUUGUUCAGAAAUUCCUUCCCCGAGAGCUCGAGAUCGCCAUGCGCUUGGACCACAGGAACAUCAUCUACGUGCACGAGGUACUGGAGGCCCCAGAGGGGAAGAUCUGCCUUGUGAUGGAGCUGGCGGAGAACGGGGACGUCUUUGACUAUGUGCUCCGCGAGGGUCCCCUGCCCGAGCCCCAUGCCCGGGCGCUGUUCCGGCAGCUGGUGGAGGCUGUUCGGUACUGCCAUGGCUGCGGGGUGGUCCACCGCGACCUCAAGUGCGAGAACACCCUGCUCCAAGGCCAUACCGUGAAGCUGACGGAUUUUGGCUUUGCCAAGCUGCUCCCCAGGGACCGCAGGGAGCUGAGCUGGACCUUCUGUGGCAGUGCAGCCUACGCGGCACCCGAGGUGCUGCAGGGUGAGCCCUACGACAGCUGCAAGAGCGACAUCUGGAGCUUGGGCGUCAUCCUCUAUGUCCUGCUCUGUGCCCACCUGCCCUUCCACGAUACUGACAUCACCAGGAUGCUGCACCAGCAGCAGAAAGGCAUCUCCAUCCCCGCACACCUGGGGGUCUCCAGGGAGUGCCUGCACCUCCUGAACUCGCUCCUGGAACCAGACGCGGCUCUGAGGCCGUCCAUCGAGGAGGCCAGCAGGCACCCGUGGCUGAGCAGCCCCUGAGGGCAGCUCCCCCUGGGAUGGACUGUUUCUAAAAUAACCAUUAUUUACCAUAAAUUUGGAAGUCGGUGUUUCCCAGCUACUCAGCCUCAUGCGUGCUGUGCCAGGCCCCAGCCAGCAGGGACAGGGGCGGGCUCAUAUUCAGGCGUUUGCCCAGAGGUGGCCAGAGAUGAUCUGAGAGCCGGAGCAUCUCCCGUACAAGGACAGGCUGGGAGAGUUGGGCUUGCUCAGCCUGGAGAGGAGAAGGCUGUGGGGAGAUCUUAGAGCAGCUUCCAGUGCUGAAAGGGGCUGCAGGGAAGCUGGGGAGGGGCUUUUUACAAGGGUCUGGAGUGUCAGGACGAGUCGGAACAGUUAUAAGCUGAAAGAGAUUGAGAUGAGAUCUUAGGCAGAAAUGUUUUUCUGUUCAGGUGGGGAGGCCCUGGCCCAGGUUGCCCAGAGCAGUGGUGGCUGCCCCAUCCCUGGAGGGGUUCAAGGCCAGGUUGGAUGGAGCUUGGAGCCCCUGAUCCAGUGGGAGGUGUCUCUUCCAACCCAAACCAUUCUAUGGUUCUAUGAUUUUUAUCAUCUUACUCAAGGCCCUCGGCUGCCAGCAGUGGCGAAGAGCAGGGACACAAGCCAUGAGCAGCCUAGGGCAGCAUGGGUCCAAC